UCCCGCCGCGUCUAGCCGCUUUGACUCACAUUCGAUAUUCGCGAAUACACGCUUUUAUAAACACGUAAACAUUUGACGACUGUUUUUGAGUUUUACAGCUCCGUAUCUCCAUGAUUGAAAUACAACAUGUCUUCCAUAUUGUGACAGCGUAAAAUUCAAAUGGCGCGAGCAACUGACGCUCUAUUAUUUGAAUUUCGAAUAAGUUUUUGAAUAUUAAUGACGCACGCAUCCCCAGACGAGUGAUUCCCGCGGUUUGUAUCAUGCGUGCGUGAAGGUCACCGAUUGCGUCGCGUCGCUUGGCAAACUGCGCGGGCGCGUCGUGUCGACGCGAAGUCAGUUAGAGAGCGGAGCACUGAGGACAUGACCGUGUUAUGGAUUACCAAUGCGUUGUCGUGUAUACGGUCAUCAAUAUCGCACCGCCAAAACUCGCGUCCGAAACAGCGUCAUUCUCUGAUGGCUGCGUCGACUGGAUUAAAAAUAAAAUCAAAAGAGCGGUAGCAGUAUAUCUCCAAUCGCUGAAGCUUACUCCAAACAAUGGGAUUAUAUACGGAAAUUUGGCAUGUCUAUAUUACAAACAAGGUUUCAUUGACUUAGCUAUAGAUACCUAUAGACGCGCCAUUGAAUUACAUCCCAAUUUCCCUGACGCUUACUGCAAUUUAGCUAAUGCACUGAAAGAAAAAGGCCUCGUUAAUGAAGCAGAAGAAUGCUACAGCAAGGCGUUACAUUUGUGCCCUUCGCAUGUCGAUUCACUUAAUAACCUCGGAAAUGUUAAAAGAGAACUGGGGAAAAUCGAAGAAGCCACUAAGUUGUACAUGAAAGCGUUGGAGGUUUUCCCUAAUUUUGCUGUCACUCAUAGCAACUUAGCAUCUCUUUUGCAACAACAAGGAAAAUACUACGAAGCGCUAAUGCAUUAUGAACAAGCAAUUAAUAUUCAACCAAAGUUUGCGGAUGCCUACAGCAAUAUGGGAAACACGUUACGUGAAUUACAAGAUGUAUCGGGGGCUUUAAAAUGUUUUAAAAAAGCGAUCGAAAUCAAUCCCUCAUUUGCCGACGCCCAUUGUAACUUAGCUAGUAUUUAUAAAGAUACGGGUAAUAUUACUGAAGCUAUUGAAGCAUACAAGAAGGCUCUUUCAUUAAGAGAGGAUUUCCCGGAUGCUUACUGUAAUUUAACACAUUGUCUGCAAAUUGUUUGUGAUUGGCGUGAUUACGACGAGCGUAUGAGUAAAAUAGUUUCUAUAGUCGAGAGUCAAUUAAAUAGUGAAAAACUAUCAUCAGUCCAUCCACAUCAUUCCAUUUUAUAUCCGUUAACGAAUAAGUGUAGAAGGGAAAUAGCUGCGAAGCAUGCAUUAUUGUAUUUAGAAAAAGUUAAAGGAUUAAACGUAGUACGCAAUGCAAAAAGUAUCGAGAGAAUCGGCCGAUUACGUAUUGGUUACGUCAGUAGCGAUUUCGGAAAUCAUCCGACAUCGCAUUUGAUGCAAUCAGUACCAGGACUUCACGACCAAUCAAAAGUUGAAAUUUUUUGUUAUGCAUUAAAUGCAAACGAUGGCUCAACAUUCCGUAGUAAAAUAGUUAGAGAAUCAGAACAUUUUGUUGAUUUGUCUCAAGUUGCGUCUAAUACUGAUGCUGGGAAUAGAAUAGUUAGUGAUGGUAUCCACAUAUUAGUAAAUAUGAAUGGUUACACAAAAGGGUCCAGAAAUGAAUUAUUUGCUUUAAAACCAGCGCCCAUCCAAGUUAUGUGGCUUGGUUAUCCUGGUACUAGUGGUGCUAAAUAUAUGGAUUAUAUAAUAUGUGAUAGAAUUUCUUGUCCGAUUCAAGCGGAGCGUGAUUUUAGUGAAAAAUUUGCUUACAUGCCGUUUACGUACUUUGUUGGAGAUCAUAUGCAAAUGUUUCCCCAUUUACAAAAGCGGUAUAAAUUAAGAAUUGAAAAUGAGACCCUGGGUGAAAUUGUAGCACUCGUAAAUUACCAUGAGGAUUUAGAAAAAUAUUUCAGUGUUGAAACAAAUAAACUGAAUUUACAUUAUGAUGAUUUAAACCCAAUAGAAGUAUUAGAACAAAUAAUAAACAUUCCGAAAUAUGUGAUUGAAUCAACAAAGGAUUCUACUGAAAGACAAGUGUAUGUUGGUGAUGUAUCAAUACAAAAUGGUCUUAGCAUAGUAUCUUGUGAUGAAAAAGUAGCAAAUGGGGAAGAAAUUUGCAAGAAUAUCGUGAUAACAUCAAGAUAUCAGUAUGGGUUACCAGAAGAUGCUAUCGUUUAUUGUAAUUUUAAUCAGUUGUAUAAAGCGGAUCCAAAUAUUUUGAAAUCGUGGGUAAAAAUUCUCAAGAAGGUGCCGAAUAGUAUUCUUUGGCUCGUAAGUUUUCCACUAGCAGGAGAACCUAAUAUACAUAAAUAUUCUCAGGCUUUAGGUUUAGAUCCUGGUCGAAUUAUUUUUUCAAAAAUAGCUAGUAAGGAGGAGCACGUACGUCGAGGUCAAUUGGCUGACGUGUGUUUGGACACACCUUUAUGUAAUGGUCAUACAACAACUAUGGAUGUCUUAUGGGCAGGCACUCCUGUUGUCACUCUCCCAGGAGAUACUCUGGCAUCCAGAGUAGCCGCAUCUCAACUGAUAUCAUUGAAAUGUCCCGAACUAAUAGCGCGUGAUAGGAGUCACUACGAAGACAUCGCUGUUAGAAUGGGAUUAGACGUUCAAUAUCGAAAGUAUAUUCGAGCCAAAGUAUACAACGCUCGAAUUGAUAGCCCUCUGUUCAAUUGUAAAUACUACACGGAAGGUUUAGAAACAUUGUACACUAAGAUGUGGGAGCUUUAUGAAAAUGGAUGCAGCCCGGAUCAUAUAUCAGCGGGUACGGAUUAACCUGGUUUAUUACCAGGUCUUUUUUAAGGAUCUGAAUGACACGUCCGUCCGGAAAGAAGUCAAAGAAAAUUCUGGAUCAAUUAGAAGUAUUACACCAAUUUUAAAUGUAUAAGUGUUUGUGUGAAAUAAAACAUUUGUGUGUUUGUGUUUAUUUAUUUUGCCACUUAUGGUUGAUAAUGUAUGGAUUAGUUAUAAUUUUUUAUACACAAAAGCACGUUCUGUGAACGCACUACAUAUAACAUUAAUAAUUAAUCGUCAAGUAGGGCAAACAAUACGAGUGACACAUGGAUCUCACAACUUUUUACAGUAGUACGACUGUGUUGCGAGCCUUGUUUUUUUGCAAGUAUCGUUGUCUUAUCUAAAGCUUUAGGUAAAAAUGUGUGUGUAGAUAUUAUGGACUCACACACAUUUUAACCUUAAGCAGACACGAUGGGACAUGAUAGGAUUAGGAAUAUGGAUUAAAAGAAUCGUAUGAAGAAACACGUGCUAGCUUUUCACAAUUUUUUUCUUACGCACCGAAUGGGGCAUUAAAAUUGUUGAUUUUAAUAUUUGAAUAUAAAUUACGUGUCUUAAUAAUAUUUCACUCAGGGUAAUGUCUGAUCAAUGUAUGUGUUUAAUCGGGUCAGGUAGUAAAUUUUAAGCUCUUAUUACUAUGCAAAGGCAAACUCAAAACCACACAUAAUAAUUGCAG